GAGGUAAAUUCAGUCGGAAGUGGAUUGCUUUAAAUAACUACAGCUGCAUCCUUGCACAUCAGACAAUAUUGCAAAGUCUAACAUUGGGAAUGUACACCCAUAGAAGAAUCGAACAUGAACAGGAAGAAUCCCGAGACACAACGCUGGCAGUUCUAUCACCCCCAUUUUCAGCGCGACUUUCCUCAUCUGCGCAAGAACAUCAAGCGUAAAUCUGCAAGAUCGAUGAACACAGCCCCAGCAACAUCAAGGGUGGUAUUCGAGCACGGAAAGGGAUACUUUCUUCAAAGGAACGACAGGUCCAGGUCUAACAGUGGUGAAGGUGGUCAACAUUCAGGUCUCGCUUACAAGUCAAGCUUGCCACCACACCAUCACCAGCACCAUCCGCAAGCGCCCCCAAGUCGCCAUCUCGGUCAACCAUCCCCUACAAUGCGUCCUACUACCGGAGGCCGCCAUCCUUCACUCACCAAUAGCCUAAGAGAGCCCGAGGUUCGGGACUCAACUUUGGUAUGAAGAAUUCUCAUCACCCCUGUUUAAAAGAACGCGCGAUUAUUUUCCUAACAUGUGAACCUAUUGUGGGCCCUUUUCGUCAAUAGAUGCGAGAUUCAACACACCAGC